GAUCAUUUCUCAACACUUCCUCGCCCCAGGAGCCUCAGAAGCCAACCCUCCUCCUGCAAGGAUGAAGUUUUCCAUGGCCACCAUCUUCCUCUUCCUUCCCCUCCUCUCUGUCAUCCUAGGGACCAAGAUCACAUCUUCCUCACGAGGACCUUACUACCCCUCAGAGUGCUGCUUCACCUACAUUUCCCACAAGUUCCCGCGUCAUCAGAUCAUGGAUUAUUAUGAGACCAGCAGCGAGUGUCCCAAGUCCGGAGUUGUCUUCAUCACCAAAAAGGGACACUCCAUCUGUGCCAACCCUAGAGAUAAAUGGGUCCAGGACUACAUCAAGGACCUGGAGGAGAACUGAAUGAUCCAGAAGCUCUGGAGAAGGGCUCAGCUCAGCCAACCGAAGAGGCCAAGGCCCCUCCACCCCAGCCUUCCCCUAGCCUCCGCCUGGGAGCUGCCCUGGCUUGAAUUAAAGACCUUUCUUGCCUUU